CGGCAGGUCUCUUUUUUUACGGCAAUAGUCUGUAGCUAUAUGCAUAGCUAACGCAGAGUGGUGGAGCGCUUGUUAGUAAAUUAAAGCGGUCACCUCGCACAGACAUGGGUAUAGCAGAUGAAUUAGACCGGACUCUGUUUGUGGGCAACUUGGACUCUCAAGUUACGGAAGAGCUUUUAUUUGAACUGUUUUUACAGGCUGGACCUUUGAUCAAAGUAAAAAUCCCGAAAGACAACGACGGGAAUUCUAAGCAGUUUGCCUUCGUGAACUUCAAGCAUGAAGUUUCUGUCCCUUAUAGCAUGCACCUGCUUAGCGGCAUCCGACUUUACGGAAGGCAGCUUAACUUGAAGUACAAAACAGGCAGCAGUCACUUUAAUCAGGAGGGAAAAAGCCCUGCGAAUUCUCAGAACCCCAGUCCAGCUAACACACCCACUCACCGCACUGCGAGGUAUGACAGGACUCCAGAUCAGACGGGCUCUCCGUCAUACUCUCCUCCUCAGAGCCUGCAGAGGUCUUUCACUUCACCGGAUAGUCUUCAGAAGCAAGUAGUGAUGAACAACAUGUGGCAGGUGCAAAUGCAGCAGAUGCAGCAGUUGGCCAAUUCCUUUCAGUUAGGCAUGCCGCAGCAACAGCAGCAGUUCAGAGGUGGCUCCAGCAGUUUGUGGCAAAAAGACAACCCCGCCCACUGGAACCAGCGACCCGCCCACCAGCAAGAUGGCAGUGGCAGCAGCCACUACGGGCGUGAGCAGCGGCACCGGAGAGACGGCCAUAGAAGCGACUUCUACCAGCAAGAUGACCGCGGAGGAGGAGGAGGAGGAGGAGGAGGAGGAGGAGGACGAAAUCGAGAUUAUCCACCUGACCGACGCAGAGAGUCCAGAGACAGACACUGGAGGCGAUACUGAUGAUCCAGUCAGGAGGUUCUCUUUUGAAAUGCUGUUAAGCAAACCAGCAAUUUUGUUUUUAUGUUUUUUUUUUAUUACAUUUUUUAACCUGAUAGGGUUUUUUUUUGUAAUAUUAUACAGUAGUGAUGAGCAAAAAAGCUGAACGUUUUACAUUGAUCAUUAAUGUACAAGAAAAUGUGUUAUAAUCAACUGUGUGUUAGUUUCUUAAAACAGCAGAUUUCAGUCUCAGGGUGCAGCUCCCAUUAUGUCUCUAAUUGUUAUUUUACUACAAUAAUUAACUGGUUUUAUAUGGGGUUUUUUUCCCCAUUGAUUAUUAAUCAACCAGAUUUCUUCAAACUUUUGAUACAAAAGCUCCGUUCAGGUAAUUUCCUGUGGCCUCUGGUGGCUGAAGGCAGAGGCAUGACUUUGCGUGUGCCGAAUGCUUUAAUACAUUAAGGCCAUGACGUCCUUUACCAGCAGGGGAUGUACUUUAUGAGCAGCUGUAUGAGAAUUAGACAGUGUAAUUUCUCAGGAGUUUUUUAACGAUCACAUUUCAAAUUCUCUGGUGUUUUUAAUUUUUUUAACAAUGUUUCUGUUGAGGGAAAAAAACAUGUAUAUUAUGUGCUGUAACCUUUUUUCAUUGUAAAUACAACUUCAUUUUG